AUGCGCAUACCGACUGUCCAGCCCGGUAUCCUUGCCCCAUCACCAGUUGUGGCACGCCCCUCAUCAAGUACCCAGCUCCUCUCGCCCACCUCUUCACGCUCAAAAGGGCGUCGCCAGCGCACCGUCUCUCCAGCCCCUCGUCCCAUCUCUGGACCCCUCCUGAUCCCAACCGACGAUGCGAUGGAUGUAGAUAUGGGCUUUGACCUCGAACGUGCUUCAAGACAGCUACGGAACCAGCCUGGUCGGGUGUGCUUCGACGAAGUGGCGCUCUUCCCGCCCGACUACGACGAGACAGAGUCUGCCGACGCCGAUGCCGAUGGCGAGGACGAGGACGACGCACGUGAUGGGUCGAGGAAGCGGCCUCGCAUGGCAUCGAGGCGGUGGAGUCUGUGGUAG